AUGGAGAGGCCUUGGCUGAUCCUACGCCGCGUACUCGACGUCGGCCCGCCCGGCUUGCACGCGUACGCGGAGGAGCACGCCGUGGUUGUCCAAGCCGAGGCGGACGCGCAGGCGCAGGAGGAGCAGCACGCCGGGGUCGAGGAAGCCGAGGAGCACGACGUCGCAGCCGAGGACGCGGCGGUGGAAGCGCAGGCGCAGCACGACGCGGUCGCCGAAGCCGAGGCGGACGCGCAGGCGCAGGAGGAGGAGCACGCCGCGGUCGCCGAAGACCAAGCCGAGGAGGACGCGCAGGCGCAGGAGGAGCAGCACGCCGGGGUCGAGGAAGCCGAGGAGCACGACGCCGCGGCCGAGGACGCGGCGAUAGAGGUGCAGAUACAGCUGGAGGAGAGCGUCGUGAACGUGAACACGGACGCAGUGGCGUCGGAGUUGGCGCACGCGGCCAUGGACGCGGGCGCACCCGACUUCACCAUCACGGUCGCGCGGCCGCCGUGGGUCUCCUCCCUCUUCGCGGGCCUCCAUUCCCACCCCGCCCCGGCGAGACCCGACAUGUACCCCUACAUCAUCGCCACCGGGCGCUUCUGCCUCCUCGUCCACUUCGCCAUCGCGCCCUCCUACGGCACCAACUUCGACCAGGAACCCGAGCACAGCCACCUCGUCGUGGUGCGCCACUUCCUCAGGGACGACGACGGUGCCGAGAUCGAUGCGUGCGCCGUGCCUGUACCCGACCGCCCCUUCGACGACUUUGUCAACUUGCCCGCCCUAAGCAACAUCGAGAGCGUCGGCCUCGUCUGCUACCAAGAAACAGGUCACUACCAGAUCGCCGAGCUCAUCGUUACCACGGGUGCUCCACAAGCCGUUGUCGUCUACAUAAGAACGGACACCGGCGUCUGGCUGGAUAACCUCUUGGAUCUCCCCUUGGCGAUGGACCCCCGCCGGGAUUGGGUACCCCACGGCACAGUCACCAUCAACAGCACGGUCUUGUGGUACGACCUCUCGUGGGGGAUCAUCAGCUGCGACCUCGCCCAACCGCCCCAGCUGCAGGUGCUGAACUUCCACCGCCUCCCGCCUGGUCGUGUCCUCCGCACCGGAUCCCUACCGGACCUCCACUGCAGGCGCUGCAUCGCUGUAAGCGAGAACUUGGUGCGGUACGUGGAGAUCAUCCUCAGCCCCCACGGCCACGGAGCGGCGACGGUGAACAUGUGGUAUCGAGACGUGGAGGACAAUCCAUGGCGAUGGGAAAUGAACUAUACGGAAAGCUUCGAGGACAUCUGGGACCACGAAAGCUACGCCCAGACCGAGCUGCCGCCGAACCCUCCCAUGCUCGUGGGCGUCUCCCCGGUGAACUCCAAUGUGGUCUACUUCUCCCUGAACCAGCGACUCUUCGGCGUCAAUGUGCCUGAGCACACGGUGGUGGACUGUGAGCAAUAUGAGCCGCUGAACAGGCCAGGGCCUGACGACGAGCCGGUCACAAGUCGCUACCUCAUCACUUGGAACCUGGACGCGGAUGGAGUGGCUGCUCUCCUCGAUAACUUGCGCUCGGAAUGGGCGGCGUCUGCGCGGGUCGUCGCCGCGGUUCAUCGCUGCGGGCGGAAUGGGCGGCGGGGCGAGCUGGUUCUGGUUGAGGCGGAUGAGGGGAGGAAGGCACGGCGACGAUCGGGCGUGGUGAUGAUGACUGGCGAAGCCGUGAAGGGGAAUGGCCGGGUUGGGCACGGAGGAGGGCGGAGCAGGUUGGUUACGCCGCCGGGCGCCAGCUGGACUGGGUGGAACCCACCAGGCCGGAGGGCGGCGUGGUCGCAGCCCACGCUCGCUCUACGCCGCCGCGCACGACACUCCACCACCACCGGCGACCGACCCGUGAAGGAGAUCUUCCCCGACGGCGCGCCCGUGCGGCUGCGGAGCCGCGCGUGCGACCUCUUCCUCUACUCCGACGAGGACGGGGUCGGCGUCUCCCUGAGCCCGCUCCGCGCGUCGCCGAGGACGUCCUGGGAGGUGCGCCAUGGCGCCGCCUACGUCCUCCUCCAGAGCACCGCCGACGGGCGGUACCUCGACAUCUCCCUCGACCCCGCGCCGCCCGGCGCCCGCGGGCUCCGCGCAGUGCAGAGCGAGAUGAUCGGUGUCGUGUGGAGCGCCCGUUUGGCGGGCAACGGCGGCAGCGACGUCCUCGUCCGCCACUCCGUCCACGGGUUACUUUGCCCCCUGGGAUGCGCCGCCGGAGUGGGGGUCCGCCAGCGCGUGAACGGGCGGAGCGUGCUGGAGCGUGGAGCCCGCGCCCGUCGCACCGCCGCCGCCAGUCAUUCCUCCGAGCCCCGCCAUGGAGGAGGCGCGCGGCGGCGCCGACCAGAACGGCCUGGUGCUCAGCGGGGCUCCACGAGACGGGUUCACGCCUCCAAAGCCGCAUAG